AUGUCCCCAGAAUCCACUUUUGAGCCUCUCCGGCCCGUUGGUGAAGAUAUUUACCUAUACAAAGCACCGAUUCAGGUCUCAAAUCCUGCCUCGCCGUCCCUAGUGAUCCUGUGUACGUGGGUGGGGGGUGCCACUCCCCGGCGCAUCAAUAAAUACUUAGCGCAAUACCGGGAAAUCCACCCAACCACCUCACUACUUUUGAUCACCGCAGGUAUAUUCAAGACCGCCAUUCGCCCAUUCAGUUCCAUUCGCGCCAGUCUCAAACCUGCCCGCGAAGCUAUUUGCUACAUUCUGAAUCGAGAAACUCGGGAGAAACCCCGCACCAUUGGUGGCCAACGCGGCAUCUUGUUACAUCUUUUCUCGCAUGGAGGGGGAAAUAAUGCUGUUCAAUUAGCGAUUUCCUUCAAAGAUGAACUGGACGCGGGCUCCAUCUUCUUUUCCAAUCUUCUUGGAAUCGUCCUAGACUGCUGUCCAGGAGACGAUACCCUGCAAAGAAUGAUUAAAGCGACAGAGGUAUCAAUGCCCGACACGGCCCUGAGUCAUUUACUUCGAAAAACAUUGCUUUAUCCGUCACUGUCAUUGGUCAAUGGUCUGCAGCACCUAAGACUUGUCCGCGCCAUUGAGGACCUACGUGAGCUUAUCAACGAUGCCGCCAUUUUUGGAACUGGGCCGAAAAGGCUCUAUAUAUAUUCAAAGGAGGAUAUUAUGGUCAACUGGGAAAACGUUCAAUCACACGUAAAAGAGGCGCGCUCGCGAGGCUAUCCUGUUGAUCAGGUUGUCUUUGACCAUGGCUCACAUUGUGGACUUGUAAUCGAAGAUGCCAAUCGUUACUGGACAUCAAUCCAAAGGUUCUGGGACGGAGAAGAAGUUUCGGAUCUGGGUCCCAGCGCUGCUUCUCGAACACCCAGGAAGCCAUCUAUCUCCCGUAGUCGUCUAUGA